AUGAGCUACGGUGGUGCCUACGCGAACCGAGGUGGGUACGACUAUCAUCAAAGGAGAGAUCGCAUUAAUGAAGAAGAAGUUCCUGAAUCGAAGCAUACCAUAUUCAUUCGUGGCUUGCCUGGUGACAUGUCCACAGAUGAGAUCAGAGAAUAUUUCGAAGACAGAAUAGGACCAGUUUCGUUCGAUUUUGUCAAAACUAGUGCUGACCAACAGCGCCUCUUCGUCGCUGUUCGUUUCGAAACACGAGAUGAUGCGAAGGAAGCAAUGAGCAAAUAUAGUGAUGGUGAUUUGAUGGGUCAUCGCUGUGAAUUGACAUGGUUCAAAGAUAUCCGCAGAUAUGCGCAAUAUCAGAGUAUGAACCAAAACAGUACAAAAGAAGACACUCAGAUCGUGAUGACGACCGGAGCAGAUCAAGGUCGAGAGGCCGCUCUUCCAGUGACAGUCGUUCGCCAAGUGUGA